UGUAACCCCGCGUUCAUUGCGAUUCCCCGAGCCACCAUCGGCCCGCAGUCGUCAUCACCGUCUCCCAUCCUCCGUCGUCCUCUCCCUCCAUAUAUUAACCAGCCAGAAGCCAUCUCCCAGAGAAAGAGAGAGAGACCUGAAGCUUCCAUUGAAUUAGCCAAUAAAGAGCUUACCAAUCAGUGGAAAGGUUUCUGAUCAAGGGAGAACUUCAUACAGAGGCAGAGGGAACGAAAAAGGUCGCUCCCUUUCUUUGCUGAAUCGAGUCUCUGCAUCGUCGUCUGUUGUUAAUGGCGCGUGUUUCUCAUAUACUUUGGCUGCUGCUGCUGCUGUUUACGGCGGCGGCGACUGCGGAGCGCGUGAAUAAAACCGCCGCCGGGGGUCUGUUCUGGUCCACCGCGAAAGAGGAGGCCGAUCUCGUCAGGAAGCCGGACGCCGAGGACGAUCCCACGGCUCCGGUUGUCGACGACCGCGACGGCAUCGAUGGAGGAUUCUCUUCGCUCGACGGAAUGUUGCAGUGGGCCAUAGGUCAUUCUGAUCCAGAAAAGCUCAAGGAAAGUGCACAGGAUGUCCAGCGAAUGUCUCCCAGUGAACUCAAGAAGCGUCAAAUGGAGAUUAAGGAACUCAUGGAGAAACUAAAGAUGCCAUCAGAUGCGCAACUGAUGCAAAUUGCGAUAGAUGACUUGAAUAAUUCAUCUGUGUCUGUGGAGGAUCGCCAACGUGCACUGCAAGAGCUAUUGAUUCUUGUAGAGCCUAUUGACAAUGCUAAUGACUUGAACAAAAUUGGGGGUCUUGCUGUUGUUAUAAGGGAGCUCAAUCAUCCUGAACCAGAAAUAAGGAAGCUUUCUGCCUGGGUCAUUGGUAAAGCUAGUCAGAACAAUCCACUUGUCCAGAAGCAGGUGCUGGAGUUCGGAGCACUGUCGAAAUUAAUGGUGAUGGUGAGAUCUAGCUUCGUGGAAGAAGCCAUAAAAGCAUUAUAUGCUGUUUCAGCUUUGAUUCGGAACAAUUUUCGUGGUCAGCAGAUGUUUUAUGCUGAAGCAGGAGAUCUGAUGAUUCAGGAUAUUUUGACCAACUCGAGUAUUGACAUAAGGCUUCGGAGGAAAGCCGUAUUUCUUGUCGGGGACCUAGCAGAAUGCCAAUUAGAAGCAAAAGAUGAAACUGAGCUGCCUUUCUUCAGCAACAGCUUGUUCUUGAAGUCUCUGGUUGAUCUCAUGGCUUCACCCGACCUUGAUCUUCAGGAAAAGGCGCUUCUUGCCGUUAAGAGUCUUCUCCUUCUUAAGACGACCGAAGCUCGAGUGUUCAAGGAGUUCUGUGGUUUGGACGUGGCAUUAGAUAGAAUGAGGCAGCAACUACAGGGUCUAAUGGCGGAAGAGUUUCAGAGAGAUUACGCAGUGGAUGUUGAGAGCCUCAGGAGCGAAGUCGAGCUAAUUUUUCACCGGAAGCUUGGGAAGGUAACACAUGUUCCAACAUGAUCUCACUGAAUAUCGGUUUUCAGCCAACUAUGGUUUUCAUACCAUGUAACAUGUCUUUGGGGGCGUGCAAUUGCCAAUGAUUUAUGCGCCAAUUUGCUCGGGUCAAGGCGAGUCAGAUGCUCCGGGAUGUUAAAACUAAGGUCGCAAAUUAGCCUUUGUCAGGAUUUUAGGAGAUUGAUUGAUCUAACCUUUGUUGAGAUGGACGAAUAAGAUAUAUAGAGAGGUACCAUUGGAAGACUGGUUGCCUUUACUGUUGUGAAGUAUGAGAUGCAGCAGCAUUGUACGAGGCAAUUUCGUCGACGCGCGAAUUCAUCGAUGCUGUACAAUUUUCCGAAUAGAUAAUACACAUGAAUGUCACUGCUUUUCAGACCGAUAUUGUUA